AUUUCCCUUCUCUCUUAGGCCUCAAGCAGCUCAAUAUGGGUCAAAGCUGUCUGCAAUGUACAAAAUAUCUGCUGUUCAUCUUCAACCUCAUCUUUUGGCUGGGCGGCUGCGGGUUGCUGGGAGUUGGCGUGUGGCUCAUGGUGACGCAGGGAAACUUUGUGACCCUCUCCUCGUCCUUUCCUUCUCUCACCGCCGCCAAUUUCUUCAUCGCCGCGGGCUCCAUCAUCAUGGUCGUGGGCUUCCUGGGCUGUCUCGGAGCGGUGAUUGAAAACCGCUGCCUCCUGCUGAGCUUUUUCGUGGUCCUCCUGAUCAUCUUCCUCCUCGAAAUGAUCAUCGGAAUCUUGUUCCUGUGUAACCAGGAAACUAUAAACCAGUACGCAAAGGAAGAGCUCAAGAACGGCCUCCAAUUCUACAACACAUCAGGAAACGCUGGGCUGACCAAUGGCUGGGACAUCGUGCAGACUGAUUUCCGGUGCUGUGGUGUCGUUCAUUACAAGGACUGGUUCAGCGUCUUAAAUGGAACCAAAGUGCCUGCUUCCUGCUGCUUCAAGCUGGUCCACAACUGUUCAACUAAUCCUAACACCUGGUGGAAAGAUGCCUGCUAUGAAAAGGUCAUCGAGUGGUUGAAGGACAACGUUGUGGCUGUCUGCAUCUUUGGGCUUUGCAUCCCAGUGCUACAGAUACUUGGGCUGAUUUCAUCGUUGGUGAUGUACUGCCAGCUUGUGAAGUCUGAGAAGCAAUACAGCUGAAGUAAAGCCAUCGUUUUCUCCGAGUCUCCUUGGACUCCUGCCUCUGGGAAUUCUGAGAUUUAGUUCUCUGUCCUGUACAUAGGCUCUCAUCAAAUAGACAACUGAAUGAAUGAGUACCCUCGACAGGGCUGUAAGACCUCCUGCAGCAUUUUAAAACCAUUAUUAAAAAAAAUUAUUUGAAUUUAAGAUUCCUUGCCAAAAAGAGAGAGGAAACGCAGACGCUGUUGAGUUAUUUAAUCCAUAGGUGCUGUAAUUAGAAGCUGCAAUGUUAUAACUGCUUCCUAAUGACAUCACGUGCGAGGUCCAGUUACGCUCUUUGUCAAAAGCCCCUCCUCAAGAACGUGCACUGUACACGUCUCUAAAGUUAGUAGGAAAGUGCUUUCACUGUCGGAAUGUGUAUAAUAAACCUGUUUUUGUAAAAAAA